AUGGCCAGUAGACCCGGAAGUAGAUCCAAAACUCGAGCAACUCUUAAGGAGUUGACCUCUCUGACCAAGAAUUUGGCUAAGGCUAUGACUUCUCAACUGAACCGUCAACAAGAACCUGACCUAGCUGGCGAGGUGUUUAAGAAAGUAGCCUCUAGGAAUCCACCUGUCUAUGAUGGAAAAGAGGACCCAGCCAGUCUUGAGAACUGGAUUAGAGAGUUUGAUAAACUGUUUACUGCUGUUAGGUGUGAUGAUGAGUUGAAAAUCAACAAUGCUACAUACUACCUAAGAGAGGAAGCUGAUUUAUGGUGGUCCCAAAGGAAGGAGUCUUUAGCGACUCAAGAGGAUUUUGGGUGGGAGCAAUUUAAGGAAGCCCUGAGAACCAAGUUUUACCCACCUCACUUAAGGAAAAAGAAGUGCCUAGAGUUUACCAACCUAAGGAUGGGGACCAUGACUGUCAAUGAGUACUACUCUAAGUUUAUAGAGUUAAUGAGCCUUGAGGAAGUGUAUGGGAGAGCUGCCCAUCUAUUCGGGAUCAAAGGAAGAGAGCUAGAAGUGAAUCCUGGAGAUAAAAGGAAGGGGUCUAGUAAUGGAUUUCAAGGUGGAGAUAAGCGUCAAAAGAUUAAUGGAGGAUUCAAGCAAGGAAAGGAUGAUAAGAGUAAUGGGAAUAACAACAAUCGUAGUCAAUCUGAAAAUGGAAAGUCCAAGAGAGUCUACUACUGCAAAAGAUGUCCAAGAAACCACCCAGGAAGGGACUGUGAAGGAAAUCUGGUAACUUGUAGGAUCUGUAGCAAGUUAGGCCAUAGAGAAUAUGAGUGCUUCCAGAAAGACUCGGCAUCAGCAAAUCCUAAGCCGACCCAGAAUCAGGGAGGUAAUGGGAACAAAGGACUCCAACAGCAAGUGGUGACCCAUAAUCGUGUUCCUCCUAAGAAUGGGAACGGAGGAGACAAUCAGGCUAAGACAAAUAAUCAAGGUCGAGUGUUUGUCAUGAGCAAUCGUGAGGCUGAAACGACUGCAGGCGUAGUGACUGGAGCUUCUCACUCUUUUAUUUCGAAAACCUUAGUGGAGAAACUUAAGUUGGGAAAACCCGAAUUUAUAAGCAUGGAUAUAGUCAUACCUUCUGGAGAUGUCAUUAACGUUUCUAAGCUACAUAGAGAUGUCUUAGUGACUAUAGCAGGGGUAGAAUUUCCUUCAGACUUAAUUGAAUUUGAGUUAGAUGACCUAGAUGUUGUUAUGGGAAUGGAUUGGUUGGGAAAUUCAAAGCCCAAAUAG